AUGGGCAUUCCAAAGCAAACACUCGGGGCCAUUGUGCUGGGCUUGGUGAUGUGCAUGGCGUUUGCGAGCAUUGCGUCUGCUGGCGGAGUCGUCAAGCACCAUGUCCACAAGAGCAAGAGGAGCACCGAGGCGAAGGACCUGCUCCCAGGCCAUCGGGCACUGCUCGCCAGCCACGGCAAGGCGCUGGAGCAGGGCGUGGGUGGCUCCAUCUGGCCUGUUUCCAUUUUCUGGACAAAUGUGGAAAUUGGCUCGCCGCCCGUCUUUUUCCCCGUCGCCAUCGAUUCCGGCUCGUUUACCCUCAACGUGCCGCUCGCUGGCUGCCAUGGCUGCAUCACCAAGCCGCCGAACAAGGCGUAUGAUCCUUCGGCGUCGUCGUCAUCGGCUCCGCUUGCCUGCCCCUCGCACACCUGUGAUGGCAUUAUGUCAUCGUCGUGUGCUCACACCAGCGCAGGCGAUGUGUGCAGCUUUUCCAACACGUACGAGACGUGCAAGCCGACCGAUCCCACCGCCCCGUGCACCAUCAAGGGCCCGUGGUACUCGGACAAGGUGGCGCUGGCCGGCUCGGCAGCAACCACGGUGCUUGUUGGGGCCAUUGACUACCAGACCGAGGGCUUCUACCAGUUUGAGACCGUCGACGGCGUGAUGGGCAUGGCCGGCCCGCCGGCAGAGACCUCGGUCUUCUCGCAGCUUGUCAACGCCGGCGCCCUUCCGGCCGACGUCUGGUCGCUCUGCCUCCGCCCAAACGGCGGCCGCUCCAACGGAACGAUUGUGUUUGGCGGCGUCGACGACGACCUCUUCCACGGCGAGCUGCAGUGGACGCCCAACGCGGCGUCCGGUCCGUACGCCCCGUUCUACGUCAUGGCCGUCGACGCCAUGACGGUCGGCGGCAAGCCGCUCACCGGCGUCCUCCCUACGGUCAUCAUCGACACCGGCACCAACGACCUGCUGCUCAACGACAAGGCCUUUGCCUCGUUUAAGCAAAGCCUGCUCGACAUGUGUGCGACCACGAACCUGACCGGUAUGUGCAACGUGCCGGAGGGCCAGACCCUGUUUGAUGGCAAGUGCUUCGAUCUCUCGCCUGCCGACGUCGCCGCCUACCCAGACUUUGUCCUCGAGGUCCCGGGCAUCUCGCUCGUCAUCUCGCCGCCGCAGUACUUGCUCGCCAACUUUGGCUCCAUCGGCAAGCCCGGCCAGACCUGCCUCGCCGUCUCGCCGACCGGGCCCAACGGCCUUGUCAUUGUCGGCGACACCCUCCUUGUCCGCUAUACCAUUGUCUUUGACCGCGCCAACCACCGCAUCGGUUGGGCGCCGGUCAACGUCGAUACUUGCGUCAGUAUGGCGCUCCGCAUGCGACUUGAGGUUGUGGCGGCGGUGGCAGUGGCGAUGCUCGCUUUGUGCAGCCAAGUGACGCCGGCGGAGGGCGCGAGCUCCAACAGCAACGGCAGCAGCAACAACGGGACACAUCUUGUGGUGUACAUUGCUGAGCAGCCGCCGUUUGUGUACCAGGUUGUGGACAGCAGUGGGAGCGUCCGUUACGAGGGCUUUGACAUCGAUCUCUGGAAUCGGGUUUUCACGAGGCUGCAGCUGAGCGGCGACGCCGAGUCGUUUGAGUACCAGCUGAUCGACAAGAGCGAUGUGGUAGAGGCGGUCGAGUCUGCGGCGGUGGCCGAGGCGGUUGGCGUGGCGUCGGUGGCCAUUGAUCCGGCCUUGCUCUCCAGGGUCAAGUUCUCGCACGUCUACUUUCACUCGGGUCUCGAUGCCAUUGUGCUGCGGAGGAAUACUCAGGUCAACAUCUUUCUCUUCACGGCCCCGUUCACGUUCUGGCUCUGGGCAUCUGCCUCUGUGCUUCUCUUCUUCUCAGGCUUUGUCAUCUGGUUCUUUGAGCGUGAGUAUCAGCCGCGGCUCUUCCCGCGAUCGCUGCUGUCCGGCGUCAACGAGGGCGUGUGGUACUGCUUCUCGGUCUUGGUCAAAGCACAGACCCGCGAUCUUCGCGGCUUUCCCACGCGCAUGUACUCUGUGGCUUGGUCGUACCUCACCAUUGUGUUUGUGGCGGCGUACACGGCGAACUUGGCAUCGAUCCUCAUUGUCGAGCAGCUGCGGUCCGACAUUAACGACGCGUCGCAGCUCAACGGCGAGAUCAUCGGCGUGGUCAACGGGACCGACGGCGUGGGCUGGGUAGGGCAGAACCUGCCGGCGGCAACUACUGUGGUCUUCCCAUCGGUGGUGGCCGGCUUCACCGCCCUCACUUCGGACGUUGUCGGCGCGCUGUUCUUCGACUCGCCGACGCUGUGGUAUCUGAAGAACACCCGCGACUUUGACGACCGAUACGACAUUCUCGGCGAGCGGCUCUCUUCCGAUCGCUUUGCCAUGGUGCUCAAGUCGAACUCGAGCUUGGUGGAUACCAUCAACGGCGCCAUCAUCUCGACCUUUGAGGACGGCUUUUUGGAAGAUUUGCGCAAAGUGUGGUUCGGCCAGCGGUUCAAGUCGCUCCUCCCGUCAGGUGUGGAGGAGAUGUCGUUCAUUAGCGUCUCGGGCCUGUAUGUUCCCAUGGGCCUCGCCGUUGUCGCCGCCAUCGUCUCGUACGUUGUCAUCCGCUUCAAUCCCGGUCUCUUCAAGCGUUGA